AUGAAUUUACACAUUGAUAAGAUAGAAUGUGUUUUUAUAUUAUUUAACAUUUUAAUUGUUCAUAUAAUUAGUGCAAAAUUGACAUCUCCGUACAAAUUAAGAAACAUUAUCUUGGAGCCGUACAUUGGAAAAUCACAAGGCGGAAUUGACAAAAACGGUGUGUCGAUAAUAAAGCAAAUUCUGCUCUCAAGAAGUAGAAACAAACAAAAUAAUGAACUAGCGGAAGAAAAAACACAGCUUAUUGAUAAGAAAGCUAGAGGAUCUCUAUUGGGAUAUCGGCCAUACGUCCAUGUGAUUAUAGAUGGGAGAACUGAUGUUACUGACGGCCCCCUGUAUCAAACAGACGUAGCUCUGUCUCCUGAUAUGACGCUGUACAACGCCAUAGCGGAAGCCAGUGUACGCUUUCGUGUAGAACAUCCAUGUAUACAAAACCCUUACAGAAUGAACGUGCAGCGUAUUAGUAGUAACUGUUAUAGUGUAGAGAAUGUGCCAGGUGUUACCACUGAUAGGAAUUACAGGUGGAUAAUUAAAAUUGUACGGAGAAGAGGCAGGGUUAUAUACGAGAGUGAAUGCUUACCAAGUGGACGUAUUUCCAUGAGAGGAGGCACGACGGUCACCUUCAAGAAAACAAGCUAGAAAACGCCGGGAAUAUAUAUCUGUGUUCACAAAUUGUAUUAUUAAAAUGUUUUAAUGUUUAAAGAAACGUUUAUAGGGUGUAUAUCAAAUACCAGCAGAUUACAUGAGAGGUAAAGUGAUGCGCCAUGCGUCCCAGUGUUUUGAAACAUGUAUUGCAUGUAAUAUAAAUUAUCAAAAUUCA